AACGCCAUCGACGACAGAAUAUUUCAGAAAGAAACAGAAAUGGCUUGGACGGCUUCUUCUUUAGCGAGGUCGCUUAAUGUGCCGGCGAUUGACGUUCGUCUACUCCGCAACCGUGCUCUGAUCGUCGCCGGUAUAGGUUGCGCCUCCGCAGCCGCAUCUAGCUUCUGGCGUUCUUCUCUACCAUCUUUCUCCAACCGGUCAAAUCCCUUCGCUUGCUUGGCCAUGUCUAGUGACGCUAGUAUUAAGGAAGCUAUUCAAACAGACAAGGCUCCAGCAGCUCUGGGUCCCUAUUCCCAAGCCAUUAAGGCCAAUAAUACUCUGUUUGUGUCUGGUGUUCUUGGUCUCAUUCCUGAGACUGGGAAGUUUGUAUCGGAUGGCGUAGAGGAACAAACAGAGCAGGUUAUGAAGAAUAUGGGGGAGAUAUUGAAAGCUAGUGGUGUUAGCUAUUCCUCCGUGGUUAAGACCACAAUCAUGUUGGCUGAUCUGAAAGACUUUAAGAAAGUGAAUGAGAUCUAUGCUAAAUAUUUCCCGGCACCAGCUCCUGCACGCUCAACGUACCAAGUUGCAGCAUUACCGCUUGACGCUAGGAUUGAAAUCGAAUGCAUAGCAGCACUCUAGUCUAGUGCCCUCUUUUACUCCGACUUUCUCUACUCGAAAGGUGCCAUAUAUAUAUAUAUAUAUAUAAUAAGGUGAUUUUAUUGUAUAUCUUAUUGCCUCCCAUAUUGAACACUAUUAUUUAAGGUCGAGAUGCCGAUAUUUGAAAAGAAAUGACAUUCUAACAAACUCGACUGGUUGUUAUUGUUGC